GAAAUGCAAGAUGUCGGUAAGCAGUGCUAGUAGUGGUGCGUUCCCAACAGGAGAGAUCCUUUGAAGGUUUCCUUGCAUACGGUUUCUUGUUGAAAAGCAAAGGAGGAUAUGGAUGUCUGCAAUACUCAAGAAUGAAGGAAGCAAUUCAGAGAUACAAGGAAUGCUCUGGUGUGCAACAUGCAUUUCUUGGAUUCUGACACACUCCAGACUUUCCCGGGAAGAGAGAGUUACUUUGACCAGGAGCAAUACCUCAGAUCUUUCAAUGGUUUGAGGAAGCAGAUGAGACAUCUCCAAGAUUUGGUAUUGGAAACAGAAUUUCCAAGAAAUCUGACAGGUCCCAGGAUAGUGAUUACAUGUAUGUGGAGAGUAUGACAUCAAGGAAUCCCUCCCAAUCUUUGUUUGAGCCAUCACAGGGAUAUUCAUGCAACAAGAAGAAUGUUAAGAAACUUGAUGUAACACUUUGGCAGCAUGACCAUGAUUACUCAGAGCGUAACUAUGAAGGUUUUACACAUCAAGAAAAAUUAGUGGCAGCAACACACUAUAUAAAGAAACUACAACAACAGGUUCACGAUCUACAAUCACAGAGAUUCUGUCUGGACAGAUUCUCCACAGAUCCGGAUCUCAUAUCAUUCUACACAGGAUUUAAGGACUAUAAAAUUCUGCGUGCUACAUUUAUUGCUUUACAGCCGACCGCAGAGCGGAUGAUAUGCUGCUCUUUGAAUUAUUGCAAUAGUAACUUUCUACCUGCGAAUCAUCAAUCUUUCUGUCAUGGGAGUUUGGCUUUAAUUGACCAGUUCUUUCUAUUCCUGGUGAAGUUAAAACAAGAUCCUAGUGACCAAGAUUUGGCAUAUCGAUUUGGAGUAAGUGUGUCGUGUGUAGAACAGGUUAUACUUGCUUGGGCAAAUUACCUGUAUGCUGUCCUAGGAGCAAUGCCAAUUUGGUCAUCAAGAGCUCAAGUCAAUGACACUCUGCCAACUGUCUUUAAAACAUUGUUCCAUAAGACCCGGGUUAUAUUACACUCAGUGGUGCUAAGAGUGGAAGCUGGUCCAGGACAGAAGCCACAUUCUGUAAAAAAUGCAAACUGCAAUGAAAUCACAAGCUGUAAAGGCUUGCUGGGGAUCUCACCUGUGGGUGGAGUUUCUUUCGUUAGCACUUUGUUUGCAACUCCCAUAUCUAAUAAAGAACUAACUGUAAGGUCUCUAAUCUCACGUGUACUGGAUCCUGGAGACCAAGUAGUAGUGGAUGAACACUUUCCUAUUGAGAAAGAACUGCAAGAGGUCGGAGCUUAUCUUAUGAUUAUUCCUUCCCGUCUGAAAAGGAAGAAUUUAAACACCCUGUACUCAGAACAGAAACAAUGCAUUGAAAAACUACGAAGUCAUGUUCGAUGUGCCAUAGAACGUGCCAAUGAAUAUCGGAUCCUUGACAAUAUAAUACCGCUUAACAUAGCCAGCCAACUGUGGACAAUUUGUUGCCUUCUUACAAACUUUAAGGGGCCCUUACGAUAAACACAAAUGUGUAAAUUAAGACAAAAAUGUGAAUAAGACCAACACUGUCAGUUACAUAUUUCAACCCAAAUAUGUUUACGCAUAAAAAAGGGUUUGGGCAGUUACUACUGUUCAUGAACAAUAUUCUGGAGGAUGGCAAAACAAAACGAUUAGUAUCCUGUGUUGUCGGUCAUAAGUUGAUAUGGACGUUAGAUUAGGCAUGCAGUAUAAUUUUGAGUCACUAAUGUUUAUGGAAUGUAAUAAUUAGCUUCGUUAUUAGGAUAAAUUUGUUUAUGUAAAAGAUUUAAAACGUUUGAUUUGAAGCCGACCACAUUCUUUAAACAAUUACUUUUUUCAACAUUGAUUGCACUUGGUAUCUCGACAUGAAGAUUAUCGUUUUAACAAAAUGCUGACAUAAAAUUGAAUACAGUUGGUAACAAUUUCGAUUA